AAGCAGGGCUAGAAUUGGAAACCAAAGCCCAGAAUGGCAGGAGAGGAUGUGGGGGCUCCACCCGAUCACCUCUGGGUUCACCAAGAGGGUAUCUACCGCGACGAAUACCAGCGCACAUGGGUGGCCGUCGUGGAAGAGGAGACAAGUUUCCUAAAGGCACGAGUCCAGCAAAUUCAGGUUCCCCUAGGUGACGCAGCUAGGCCAAGUCACCUUCUUACCUCCCAGCUACCUCUCAUGUGGCAACUCUACCCGGAGGAGCGCUACAUGGAUAACAACUCUCGCUUGUGGCAGAUACAGCAUCAUUUAAUGGUCAGUGGAGUACAGGAGCUGUUGCUUAAGCUUUUGCCUGAUGAUUAAGCUGGUGCUGGGAUUCUAGGAAGAUAUGCUCCUUUGUUCUGUUCAAUAUAUGGCAAUCACUUCAUCCACUACUACAGUGCCCACCCUUGGGCCUUGGGGAAGGGAGUGGGUUGAAAAACUCCAGAACAUGGAAGUUUAG